UGUGGUAUCGCGCACAUGUGAUUAGCCAGAAGUUUCUAGCACGCAUCUUUAGCUUCCAGCAGAGCUACGGUUGAUAUUCAGCUCUCAGACCCAGCCGCUGGUUUUAUUUAGAGCACGACAUCAUCCUGUGAUCCGGGGGGAACAAUGUCUGUGAUUGAUGAGGAGCGCGUGCGUGGCGGCCUGUUUAAGGAUAUUGACGCCGAAGAUGAAGAUGCUCAGCCCACUGAAGUCGAGAGUUUGUGCAUGAACUGUUACGAGAACGGAAAGACUCGUCUUCUGUUAACCAGAAUCCCAUUCUUCAGGGAAAUCAUCAUCAGUUCCUUUACAUGUCAUCACUGCCACUGGACCAACACAGAAAUACAGUCUGCGGGUCGAAUUCAAGAGCAGGGCGUCUCCUAUACUCUCAGAAUAAAGUCCAAACAGGAUAUGAACCGUGAGGUAGUGAAGACAGACAGUGCCACUACCAGAAUCCCUGAGCUGGACUUUGAAAUCCCUGCAUUCACACAGAAAGGCUCGCUGUCCACUAUUGAGGGACUCCUCGACAGAGCAGUAGCAGGAUUAGAACAAGAUCAACCAAUAAGACGGGCAACUGAUCCAGAUGUAGCAGACAAAAUAGACCAAUUUAUUCAGAGACUAAAAAAGUUAAAAGAUGUGGAGGAAGAAUUCACACUGAUAAUUGACGAUCCUUCAGGGAACAGUUUUGUUGAGAAUCCAUUUGCGCCACAGAAGGACCAGUCACUCUCAGUGACUCCUUACAAACGGACAAAGGAACAGAAUGCUGCCCUCGGAAUACAGGAAUCUGAGCCAGAGCCGGAUGAAAAGCCUGGCAGUGAUCUGGAGACAAUGAGGAACGAAGUCCUUGUUUUCAACACCAACUGCCCAGAGUGCAAUGCUCCGGCCUCAACAAACAUGAAACUUGUCCAAAUCCCACAUUUCAAAGAAGUAAUCAUCAUGGCCACCAACUGUGACAGCUGUGGACAUCGAACUAAUGAGGUAAAAUCUGGGGGCGCCACAGAGGAGAUGGGGACCAGAAUUACUCUUCACCUCACAGACGUCUCCGACAUGUCCCGAGAUCUGCUGAAGUCAGAGACGUGUAGCGUGCUGAUUCCAGAGCUCGAGUUUGAGUUGGGUAUGGCAGCAUUGGGAGGGAAGUUCACCACUCUUGAAGGUCUCCUUAAGGAUAUCAAAGAAUUGGUGGUAAUGAAAAACCCCUUCAUCUGUGGAGACAGCUCCACCACUGACACAUCGGAGAAACUGGAGCUCUUUGGAAAAAAGAUCGACAAGAUUAUGGCAGGAGAAAUGGAUGUCCACAUUGUCCUGGAUGAUCCAGCGGGAAAUAGUUAUCUGCAGAACGUGUACGCUCCAGAUCCUGACCCUGAGAUGAAGAUUGAGCAGUACACAAGAACAUUUGAGCAGAAUGAGGAUUUGGGAUUGAACGACAUGAAAACAGACGGUUAUGGCGAAGUGCAGAAUUAAAAGCUUUAAUCCAACUGCUAAAACGGACAAGUUUUGAGGGUAAAACUGCUGGCCUGCUUUUUUGUUCGCUAUUGAUUUAUCAAAAAAAAAAAAA